GGGAAGGUUUUGCUUGAUUGAUUUUGACUCUCAUGAACGUCGUCCGCGAAAUCAACGCUAUAAACGAAGCAGAACUCCGCCUAGGCGUAACAGGCUCAUGGCACGACACAUACAAAGACUCUGCCUACAUCUACGUCGGGGGUCUCAACUACGAGCUCACCGAAGGGGACAUCAUCACUAUCUUCUCCCAAUACGGUGAGAUUGCCAACAUCCACUUGCCGCGGGACAAGAGCACAGGGAAACAACGGGGGUUCGGGUUCCUCAUGUACGAGGACCAGCGGUCGACGGUGUUGGCUGUGGAUAACUUGAACGGGGCCAAGGUGCUGGGGAAGACGCUUAGGGUGGAUCAUGUGAGGGAUUAUAAGCAGCCGAGGGAGAAGGGGGAGGAUGGGGAGUGGAGGGAGGUCGAGGGGGAACUGUUUAAUGCUAGGCCGGAGGAGAUUGGUGAUAAUGCGGAAGAGGAGGAGGAGGAAGAGGAUUUGGGCAAGGAUAUCGAUCCGGAGGACCCGAUGAGAGAAUUUAUCAUCGCUCAAAGGCGGGAAGAGGCGAAAAAGGGCAAGGGAAAGGGGAAGAAGAAGAGAAAACAUGAAGGGGAGACCAAGGAAGAGAGACGACGGCGCAAAGAGGAGAAACGCAGGAAAAAGAGUAGUGCAGCAAAAGAUGUAGAGGCCUUAUUGCAUAGCUUGGGUUCGAGGUAAACCAAAUAUAUU